ACGAACAGGAUAUCAGAGAAUUUGAAGGCUCAGACGAGGAGGCAUCAUCAGUCAUUGGUGGUGAAGCUACACUGUGGGGCACAAGUGUGGAUGAGACCAAUGUGAUCACUCUAGCAUGGCCCAGAGGUGCUGCUGUAGCUGAAAGAUUAUGGUCGCAAGACCAUGAUACUAAUGAAGAAUUCUCACAACGAAUUGGUGAACUUCGAUGCAGAAUGCUCUAUAACAACAUAGAAGCUCAUCCAGUCAACGGUCCAGGUUUCUGCCCAACUAAAAUUUUGAGAACAUGAACAAACUGGAGAAAGUGAAUGAAGAUUGCCACUAACCCUUUUGUGUAUCGGAGUUUUAUUGAUUUCUACUUUAUUAAAAUGAAAUUUCAAAAUAUUUUUAUUAUCCACUGAAAUACACUCUUUUGAAAGAAAUAACUUAUGACUGUCUGAGUGAGUACAUGCUUUGAGAGUUUGCUUUUUGCAUUAAAAUGAAACUUAUCUCAGCACACUAUUAGUUAGUCGGCGCUGUCUGAACGCCUAUCAAUGGUCCAUGU